AUGGAAUCAAAAAAACACCAGUGGUCCAAGACAGUUUUUCGACUGCGUGGGUUACCGAACACAGUCAAAGAACUGUCGGACGUGGGCAACCUAGUUAGCCAGAGGCUCGGCGAUGUACCCGUUGACCAUGUCCACGUCUUCUCUCUAGCCACGACUCUGAACCUGCAGCAGUCCAAGGUAGCAACUAUCAUGUUCAAAACCGCACCUUCUAUUCUCUGCCGCGACGCAUACAACAAUGAGUGGCAUAUUCCUUCUGAAAUUCAUACCCAACCCCCUGGUCUCUCGGACCUCACAUUGGAUACUCAUUUCAUGGGCAUGACUCCUUUAAAUGAUGCAAAGUUUUUCAGCCAUACAUAUGAUUGCAUCGCUGUCUCCGGUCUUGCUAGCCACCCUUUUGGAUCAUGGCAACCGAAAAAUAGUGACAAGACCUUUAUGUGGAUUCGUGACGUGUUACCGGAUGUUUUGGGAGGCGUCAGGACAGUAAUAUACGGUUACGACACAAAACUCGACAACAGUCGGUCCUUCCAGAACAUCCACGACCUCGCCGCCGAUCUUAUAAACCACCUCUUGGCUUACGGCUGGGGUUCCCCAUCUGCGAAGCCUGUUGCAUUUCUCGCUCACAGUCUUGGCGGACUCGUUGUCAAGGAGGUCUUACGGAAGCUAGCUUCUUCAUCUGACAAGGAUUAUAGGACCCUUUUGAGUGUCGUGCGCGGUGCUAUUUUUUUCGGUGUUCCAAAUCUGGGCAUGGAACAAGGCCACUUCAGAGCGAUUGUACAGAAUAAUCCUAAUGAGGCAUUGGUCGAUGAUAUUGCCCGGAAUUCCAACUAUCUCCGUCGCCUCAAUGAGGACUUCUCUGCAAGCUCGUGCAUCAAAGAUCUAACAUUGUUCUGGGCCUAUGAGACGCUUGAAUCCCCCACGGUUGUCAUGACUGUGGACAGCCGCGUAAGUCGCCAGGGACCGCCGGCAAUUCUAGUGAGUCCAGCGUCUGCAACAUGCAGAUUCAUUGAGACAAAUAGACGCGUAACUUUUCCAAUAAGUGCUACUCAUUCCGAUAUGGUGAAAUUCAGCAGGCAAUCUCACCACUGUGAUGUAGUUAUCAAUAAACUCUCGAAUAUCCUGUUCCCUCCUCGCAAAGCAGGUGAGGGUGCUGAGUCCGAAUUGACGAGCAAACAUCCACAGAGGUCUACUCCUGGUAAUUAUAAUCAAGUCAGUGCUCAAGUUGAUUCCCAACCAAAGCCGUUUGAAGCAAUACCAGGAGGCGUGCACCCGGUGAGAUGCAAUUUGAGAGCUGAACUAGAUCACCUGAAACGGGCAGGGCGUCUCACCGAGAUGGAGGAAAAGGAAUUCCAAAGUGCGACCUAUGCCACGGUUGAUGGUGCCAUUAGCGAAAUGCUGCUAGAGCAGGAACAAAAACAAAGACUGUUGUACAUGCGGAGACUCGAACCGUUCUUGUUAUCGAUGCAGCAAUUCGGAGAUAUCGCUAACAUAAUCGAAAUAUUUUCUGGUAAUCAACAUGCCAUGGCUUACGUAUGGACCGCGUUCAGGUUUCCUGAAGCAUUCCACUGCGUUUUGGGUGCUUACCAAGACAUUGGAGAAGUACUACCUCGUGUUCAGGGCUACGAGCCCCUGUUUGCGUCAAAGCCCUAUUUGAAAGAGGCCUUUGUUAUGAUUUACAAAGAUAUUCUGUGGUUCCAUGCGGAAACAAUUCGACAACUCAAACAACGAGAAUGGAUACAGCUGUUCAAAGCCUCGUGGAGUGAUUUCUCCCUCAAGAUCGUUGAUAUCAAAGAAAACAUCGCCCGCUACAGGCGAUCUGUUGAGAGCGGAGUCUCUUUUAUAGAUUUCGAAACUGUCUUGGCGCUCAACUCAGCGAGGCAUUCUAGGAUAUCUGAAACGGAUCAGGCCGUCGGUCGUCAAGCAAUGGUCAUGCAGUGGUUGUCUCCAUUUGACACCGAAGCUGAACAAGAUAAGUAUUGCAGGACAAGAUCGGUUUGCAAAGAUCCUGGCCGGUGGCUUCUUGACCACCAUCUUAUAAAGAGCUGGUUUAAUCCUGAUUGCUGUACAGUCCCGCUUCUCUGGCUCAGCGGAAUACCCGGCGCAGGAAAAACUAUAUUGGCUUCAAUAAUAGUUGAUACCCUUCGACGUAUUGAAGGUGCUACUGUUGCAUUCUUUUACUGCAAGCAUGGCGAAGAAUCACGGAACAGCUUUACGAGUGUUUCGAGAUCUAUAUUGGCCCAAAUUUUGAAUCAACAUCCUCAUCUCCUACCAUACUUUCAUGAAAAAGCUUCUGUGAAUAGUGGCGCAGUGCUCAGCUCGGCAACUCUCGCCAAAGAAAUGUUGUUGACAUCACUGAAAAGUGGUGAGAAGACUUAUGUUGUCAUUGAUGGGGUUGAUGAAUGCAACCUUGUUUCUAGAAAGGAGAUUUCUAGCUGGUUCCAGGAGGUUGCAGAACUACCCUCCACAGAACUGGGCUCCAUAAGGUGUCUAUUUGUCAGUCAGGAUGACGGAAUAGCUGUUAAAGACUUUCGCAAUAUUCCUGGAAUUAGGAUCACUAACGAGAACAACGACGACAUCAGGGACUUUGCUAGUCUGUGGCACCGGAAGAUAGAAACCAAGUUUGGUCAACUGACAGAGAACAACAACAUUCAACAUAUCAUAUUUGUGCGGGCCCAGGGAAUGUUCAUUUUCGCCGAACUAUUUGCAAAGUAUCUUGAAGAUCUACCCAGUCGAGAAGUCCUCCGGAGGGAACUACACCCUGCUAAUUUGCCAUUAAAAUUGGAUCAUGUCUAUGAACGCAUUCGUGAUCGCAUCCUCGAAUCCAGGGGUGACCAUAUUGUGAAUCAUAUUCGGCACAUUCUAGGUUGGAUCGUCUGUGCCCGCCGGCCACUACAGUGGCGUGAAAUACAAGGAGCAGUUUGUAUCGACCUGGAUAAUCAGCACAUUAACUAUGACAAAGAAUUGUUAGAUACUCCAAAAGGGCUAUUCGCUUCUCUAGUCGAGGUACAGGACGACGAUACUGUCGCUCUUGUUCACGGGACCGCACGAGAGUAUAAUUUCGUGAAUACUCAAGAAGCACAUUACUCACUUGCUAUGCUUAGUCUCUCCUACCUAUCCUUCCCGCAGGUGGACUCAGAGCGGGACGAGGUUCAUGUCAAGUCGGAUAUCCUCAGUGGGACUCAUCCCUUCUAUGACUAUGCAUCUGCUUGCUGGGCUAUACAUCUGCAAGAAGGAAUUCCGGAACUAAAAUUCAAAGAUAAAAUAUCCGACCUGCGAGUGACUCUCGAGAAAUUCAUUAAAUUGCGUUGGGUAUCGACAUCUAAGCCCCUUCAAAACCUCCAGAGAGUCCAUAAGACCCUAUCGCCGUUCAGUAACUCGAAAGAUUACAAUGAGAUUGCACAAGCGGUUGGCUGGGCUAAGAGACAAUCCGGGAUAAAUGGAUUGGGACCGAGCCCAGAUGAGGCUCUCGACUUAUCCCAGGUAACCCUUAAAAUAAGAUCUGUCCUGGAGAACAUGCACACUGCUUCCCUCUGCGAGGCUGAUGCAAGACGGCUGCAACGCUUUUAUGGCAUGAAUUGGUUCAAAUGUUCCAGAGUGAAUUGCUACUACUAUUACAAGGGGUUCAAGUCUGCCGACCAGCGUGAUGCCCACACUGCUAAGCACAAUCGGCCCUUUCUCUGCUUCAUCAAGGGCUGCCCGACAGAAGUUUUCGGUUGCACGACAUACGAUGAAUUGAAGGAUCAUCUUCUUGCAAGUCAUGCCAUUGACCAUUUUGAAGAUGCGGACGGCGAAGAAUUUCCUGACGUUCCCGAAGAGGUGUCUGCCAAGCUAGUUAAGAAUGAAGCAGAAUUUGGGUGUUCUUUAUGUGACAAGAAAUACACCACAAGAUUCAACUUGGAUACGCACAUUAGAGGUUCUCACGGUGGCGUAAAGCCGUUUAAAUGUCCUAUAUGCGAUAUUCAGUUCAAGCGCAAAUGGGAACAUGAUCGCCAUCAGAGCAUCCACAGUGAGGAUAAACAAUACAAGUGUUCUGGCCGGUUGAAGGACGGAAUGACAUGGGGCUGUGGGAUAUCUUUCAAGCGAGAGGAUAAACUACGCUCUCAUUUCAAUACCAAGAAGGGCCGGAAAUGCAUACAACCGAUGAUGGCGGAAAAACUGCAAGCGGCUCAUGAUGGCGGGAUUGCGUGCGAGAAAACCCAGUUCGGGGAGAAGGCGGACCUUUUUCUUAGUGAUGGAAAGUCUCUGCCGCCGUUUGAGGACUUCCUGAAACUAUGCGGGCUUAGUAUGUCUAGUAUAGGCUUCCAUCGUGGAGAGACAUCGUUGCUGAGAGACCAAGAUGGCGGUGAUACUUGA